GGCAGAGAGAGAGAGGGUGACAGGCAGAGAGAGAGAGGGUGACAGGCAGAGAGAGAGAGAGAGAGGGUGACAGGCAGAGAGAGAGAGACAGUGGUAGACAGGCAGAGGGGAAGACUGGGUGACAGAGAGAGAGAGAGACAGUGGGUGACAGAGAAAAAGACAGUGAGAGACAGACAGAAAGAGAGAGAGACAGUGACAGACAGAGGGAUAGAGAGACAGUGGUGAAAGAGAAACAGACAGUGGGUGAAAGAGAGAGUGAGACACAGUGGGUGACAGAGAGAGAGAGAGAGAGAGAGAGAGAGAGAGUGAGUGGGUUAAAUAGAGAGAAAGAGUCAGUUGGUGACAGAGAGAGAGACAGUGGGUUAAAUAGAGAGAAAGAGUCAGUUGAUGACAGAGAGAGAGACAGUGGGUUAAAUAGAGAGAAAGAGUCAGUUGAUGACAGGGAGAGACAGUGGGUGACAGAGAGAGACACACACAGUGGAUGACAGAGAGAGAGAGAGACAGUGACAGAGACAGUGGGUGGCAGAGAAAGACAUUGGGGUAAAUAGAGAGAAAGAGUCAGUUGGUGACAGGGAGAGACAGUGGGUGACAGAGAGAGACACACACACAGUGGAUGACAGAGAGAGAAAGAGACAGUGAGAGACAGUGGGUGGCAGAGAGAGAAAGAGACAGUUGGUGACAAGGAGAGACAGUGGGUGGCAGGGCCAGGGAGAGACAGUGGGUUAAAUAGAGAGAAAGAGUCAGUUGGUGACAGGGAGAGACAGUGGGUGGCAGAGAGACACACACACAGUGGAUGACAGAGAGAGAAAGAGACAGUGAGUGACAGAGAGAGAGAGAGACACACACACAGUGGAUGACAGAGAAAGAGACAGUGAGAGACAGUGGGUGACGGAGAAAGAGAGAGACACACACACAGUGGAUGAGAGCGAGACCCACCAGUAUCUGCCCACACACUUCUCAGGCGCACCGCUCAGCCAGCCCGUGUGUGCCGGAGUCACUCUCAGCCAGGAUAGUAACCCCUGUGCUUGCUGAGCUGAACAGCGCCGGGGACAUUAGAGGGAGCCUCAUGAACAGGGUUAACAAGGUGCUUCGCAGCGUGAGGAGACCCUCUCGGAGGAAGAGGAGGGAGAGCGUCAGGGCAGGAGAGGAGGAGGAAGGAGACCCUGAGAGCCAGGAUGAGACCUGUGAAGAAGGCUUGUGCAGCCUGAGCCUGUGUGUGAGCGACGAUGGACCGUAUUCUAAAGGAAGCAAAGACCCGACGGGGAUCGAUCUGGCACUGGUCUCCAGACGUCAAAGCAUUCCAGAGGAGUUUCGGGGUGUGACCAUUGUGGAACUCAUAAAGAAGGAAGGAAGCACAUUGGGACUGACCAUAUCGGGGGGCACAGACAAGGAUGGGAAGCCCAGGGUGUCAAACCUGAGGCCCGGCGGUCUAGCGGCAAGGAGCGACCAGCUGAAUAUCGGGGAUUAUAUAAAGUCUGUGAAUGGCAUCAACCUGACAAAACUGCGCCACGAAGAGAUCAUCAGCCUGCUGAAGAACGUGGGCGAGAGGGUGGUGCUGGAAGUAGAAUAUGAGCUGCCCCCUGUCACUCCCGACUCCAAUUCUGCCAUCAUCCCAAAGACGCUGGAGAUCUCUUUGUGCAAAGAGGGGAACAGCUUUGGGUUUGUAAUGAGAGGUGGAUCACAGGAGGACUGGCAUAAAUCGAGGCCUUUGGUCAUAACCUACGUGAGGCCAGGGGGACCAGCAGAUAGGGAAGGAACCUUGAAAGUUGGGGACCGGAUCCUGUAUGUGGAUGGCAUCUCUCUUCACAACAUUCCCCUCACCGACGCUCUUAGCAUCCUCCGGCAAUGUAGCCAAGAGGCCGUCUUCCAGAUUGAAUAUGAGGUUGCUCUUAUGGACACUGUGACAAACGCAUCAGGACCUUUGCUGGUGGAAAUUGCCAAACCACCAGGUUCCACGCUAGGAAUAUCUCUGAGCACCGGCACUCAUCGGAACAAGCAAGUGAUAGUCAUCGAUAAAGUGAAGCCUGCCAGUGUAGUGGACAGGUGUGGGGCUCUGCACCCCGGCGACCACAUCCUCUCCAUCGAUGGCACCAGUACAGAACAUUGCUCCGUGAUAGAAGCUACGCAGCUGCUUGCCAGCACCACGGAGAAUGUGAAACUGGAGAUUCUGCCGGCACAUCACAGCAGGCUGUCUCUGAGGCCGCCGGAGACUGUUAAGGUGCAGAAGAGCGAGCACCACCACUGUUGGGACCCCUGUGUCGGCUACUGUCACACGCACCACCCCGGCCACUGUAAGACCCCCACCUGGAACCCAGGUUCAAGCCAAGAGUACUGUAAAUCUUUGGUCGCCACCAACUUCUCUUCCUCAUCAUCUGCGGGAACCCCGGGAUUUAGUAGCAGCCAGAACUCCAACACCCUUCCCCGCUCUGCACAUCAGAUGAGCCCAAGGACCACCCUGACCAGGAGGCGGCAGCGGAAAAAGGACCACAAGAGCUCUUUGUCCCUUGCUUCCAGCACUGUGGGUCCCGGUGGGCAGAUCAUACACACAGAGUGCACAGAGAUCGUCCUGCGUGGAGACCCACUAAACGGCUUCGGGAUUCAGCUGCAGGGGGGGAUAUUCGCUACGGAGACCCUGUCUUCCCCUCCACUAAUCCGUUUCAUUGAGCCAGAUAGCCCUGCUGAGAGGUGUGGGCUGUUGCAGGUCGGAGAUAGACUGCUCUCCAUUAAUGGAAUCCUUACAGAAGACGGAACUCUAGAAGAAGCCAAUCAGCUCUUGCGGGAUGCGGCAUUAUCCAAUAAGGUGGUCCUGGAGAUCGAAUACGAUGUUGCAGAGUCUGUGGUUCCGAGCAGUGGUACGUUCCACGUCAAGCUGCCAAAGAGGAGAGGAGUGGAGCUGGGCAUUACCAUCAGCUCCAGCAGAAAACCAGGCGAGGCUUUAAUUAUAUCCGACAUCAAGAAAGGCAGCGUCGCACACAGAACCGGCACCUUAGAGCCCGGGGACAAACUGUUGGCCAUUGACAACAUCCGUCUUGACAAUUGUUCAAUGGAGGAUGCGGUGCAGAUCUUGCGGCAGUGCGAGGAACUGGUCAAACUGAAGAUCCGAAAAGAUGAGGACAAUUCGGAUGAGCAGGAAACUACGGGUGCUAUUAUAUACACUGUGGAGCUGAAGAGAUACGGCGGCCCAUUGGGGAUUACGAUAUCUGGGACUGAAGAACCUUUUGAUCCCAUCGUCAUCUCAGGGCUCACUAAGAGAGGGCUGGCUGAGAGGACUGGAGCCAUUCAUAUAGGGGACCGGAUCCUGGCCAUAAACAGUGUAAGCCUGAAAGGAAAACCGCUCAGCGAAGCCAUCCACCUGCUGCAGAUGGCAGGAGAGACGGUGACCCUGAAAAUAAAGAAGCAGGCGGAACGGUCACUUUUGCAGAACCUCUCGGACGGGGUGAAUGAAGGGAGUGACCCGGAAGAUGACCUGACCGACUCUCAGAAGACCAGCAAAUUAUCGGAGAUCUACUCUACUACGAUCCCCAGCGUGGACAGCGCUCUGGAGUCCUGGGACGGCUCCGGCAUUGACACGGGAUAUGGAAGCCAGGGUAACUACAUGCCUCAGGCUGUAGGCAUCUCGCUGCAUCCACAUGAAUGGAGAAGCAGCCGGCAGAAGAUGAACACCCCGCCAGCGGAGCACAGGAAGAGUUACCCCUUCCUGGACGGGAGUUUCAGUGAGGAGGAGUGGGACAAGCCAGCCCGAUACCCCAGCCAACCCAAUGGCCUAGAGACUACUGAACACGACGACAGUUUCUGGCGCGUUUUCGGAGAGGCUUUGGAAGACCUGGAGACCUGCGGUCAGUCUGAGCUUCUGCGGGAGAUUGAGGCGUCCAUCAUGACGGGCAGCGUGCAGAGUUUGGGCCUUGACGGCAGCAAACUGCUCCUUGACAACCCCCCCAAUCAAGGUGGCCGCCCACUGCAUCGGAAAGGAGGCUCCCAUUACUCUAAGCACAGCCCCAAGAAAGAGAGAAAGCUCAGUCAGGACGCAAAAAUCCUGAAAGACGAGGGACAAGACGUUUCUUCCACGGCCGCAGAGCUGCUCAAGGUGACUGUUAUGAAGGACCUGGAGACGGAUGAUUAUGGGUUCAGUGUAUCGGAUGGAGUCCUGGAGAAAGGGGUAUACGUGAAUAUGAUCCGCCCGGGGGGUCCUGCACACAGGAGCGGCCUUCAGUCGUACGAUCGGAUCCUGCAGGUGAACCACGUGCGCACACGAGACUUUGACUGUUGCCUGGCCGUGCCUCUUCUCUCCGACGCCGGGGACAGGCUGGACCUAGUGAUCAGUCGAAACCCUCUGCCAGGGGGCGAGCGGGAGACCCUCAAACACACCUUGGAAUCCAAGACAAGCACAAAGACCCUCUGAGGAGCUGAAUCAUUUACCCUCACCCACCACCCCACCCAGUCUGAGUAUUUGACCACUGUAAUGGGACACGCGGGCGCAGUAUUGCCCAGCUGGUGACUUCCUGCACAGAUAAGCUUCACUAUUUAUUUUUUUAAUACCUAUUUUCGGCACUUAUAAAUUAGAAAACACUUUUUCACUUUUACACUUUAGUGUGUUUCCCCACGUGUGUACCCCCCUCCUCCUUCUCAUGGUGCUAUUAUUAUUGGUUUGUGUCUGAUCUGUUCCUGAUCAUAUUGAUUAAUCCACCCCCUAAACUUCACCCUGUCCAAGGGAAAAUUGCUCACGCCGUGGGGUUGAGGCGUUUCCCUCUGUCGUGUUUGUAAAGCUGUUAUUGCGUUAUAUAGUGAACGUUACUGUUGCACAUUUAUUCUCCCAAAUGGCACUGUUUUUGUUUUUUUAUUUACACUAAUGCACUUUGUCUUCUCACUUUUUUUUUUAUAUCCUACACUCCUCACUUUAGUAGUGCACAGAAUGCGCACCGUAUACCAUAGGUCUCCAAACAGCAAAGUGACGCCAAAUGAAUGCCAAUCUCUGGUUCCUGUAGGCAGCCUUUAUCCUUUGCAAAGCAGACACACCCAGAUUCCUAGACGCCCCAACACCUACCUACACACACACGUCCAAUCACAAGUCUCUAUUCCCAUGAUGCAUUGCCACCAAGGCCCACUAGCGUGCUCACUGAUUGCCAAUCUCUGGUUCCCCAUGCAGCCUUUAUCCUUUGCAAAGCAGACACACCCAGAUUCCUAGACUAAUCCCCCCCCACCACACGGCCGACCACAUGUCUCUUCUCCCAUGAUGCACUGCCACACAGGCCCACCAGCGGAGUCACUCUAUUAACGCCUUACUUGGCACUGAUAUCACACUCAAUUCCAAGAACUGUGAGUCCCUACUUUAAUCCCCGUCACUUUUGUCGUUAGUACCCCUGGCUGCCAUUUUGUCUUUUCCCCGUCUGGCGCUCUCGUGCCUGUUGUGAGUGGUUACGUAGCACGCGUCCUCAUAUUUAUUUUUGCUAUUGCAGAUCCUAUUUUUAACACUUGCACUGCCAGGGGUGAGAAGGCAGAAACGCACUCUGAGGGUAGCGUGUUUUAGAAAACAAUAUACCUCCCAUUUGUAUGUGUUCUGCGUCCGCUGACUGACUGAACCAGUGCAACGGAAUAUAGACAUCCGUAGCCAAAGCACUGGUUCAUGCCUGGAAAAUCGACUGGAUGAUAUUUUAAAUAGAAUUUCCCUAAGCCUUGUUAAAAUUCCCCUUAUUUUCAGAUGUUUUAAGUGCAAAUGUCAUGUACCCCAAGGGGCAGCAGCCAUUUUGUGUGCUGAACGAGCCUUCACAGGACGCGGCCUGUCUGUUCGCUAGGAGAAAGGGGCAUUACUGAGGCACUUUGGGCGGCAUUACUGAGGCACUUUGGGCGGCAGUCUAUAGGUUCACUAGGAAAACGUUGCGAAUUCAUAGGAUGCAAUUUCAUGUAUAUAUACAAAGUGCUUCCAUGACACGGAUCCAGCGAACGGAUUGGCUGCAUCCCCGUGAAUAUUUGUCCGGCCCACAAAAUGUCUGCCUCCGCUGUGCGUAGGUGAUAAACUGUUUUUCACCAGGGCAGUGGUUUUUUUUUGUUGCCAUAGUAGCGGAUGUACCUACCGUCCCAACAGAACCAGCACGGUCCGCGUUUUGCCAGGUGCGUGUUCUGUGCCAUAGCGGGUACUGAAGGGUAUUUUUAUAUGCAAUAUUUGUGGGUACGGAGAUCCCUAUUUUGGGUUUUUAAAUGAUGCAUUUAAACUGAAGGCUUUAAAAUUAAUUUCCUUGUACCGUUUUUCCUAUGCAUUCUCAAUGAUCUCGUCCAGUCUACCCGCAUUACGAAACGAGUAUUUUUAUCUGUAAUGAGUUUAAAGCAACUGAACUUGUAAAGUAUUUUUCUACAGAUUUAGGUAUUCUUAUGUACUCCAGAAAGCACAAUACGUUACGGCGACAGGAUCCGGAGAACUUUAUUUUACUCCUGUUUUGGGCACAUUUGUAAAUAUUCUUUUCUGUAUUUAAAAGAAAAAUGUGGAUAACUGGGUUUUUAUUAAUAAAAUAUGGAAUUUUA